CAUCUCCCAAUGCAUUCACGAUCUCGCUCUCAGCCAGCAUGCGAUACUUGCUAUCUUCGCAAGACGCGCUGCGUCAAGCAAAUUGAACAAGACUGCUGUGUGCUCUGCUCGUUCCAUGGUCUCACGUGCACUUUUCGGCGUGGACAAGCCCGAAGACAGCAGCGUAGGCCAUCUACUCGCAUCCAAAAUGUGGACCCAGGUGUGGUCGUUGACGAGGCCUGCGGACAGCGAACCGAAGAUAUACGAGAUACAUAUACUGCUAGCCCUUCAACCCGACUUCCUAAUUCGGCCCAAGUCUCACUCUCCAUCGACGACUAUGCCAAUGUCGAUACCGGUCUUGUCCGGUCCCUACCCAACAUUCUCAACAACACGCUUGGUCUCGACCCUGUGAACAAUGCGGAAUUUAUAGGAUCGAGCGAUCAUCGCGACCCUAUGCUUCUUGACCUGAGGAGGCACAAUGUUUCAUCACCCUCCAACUUUGUGCGGCGAAUGGAUGAUCACACCCUGUUCGUGAUACAUCCUGAUGCAGUCGCCGCUACAUCCGAAGGCAAAGAAGCCGACUCUAUUGAAGCAAUUGUGCAACCCAUGGGAUCCAGAUUAGUCGAUCUAUACUUUCAAUUCGUCCAUCCCAGUUUCCCUAUCCUUCACAAGGACGUCUUCGUUACCAAACAUCAAACAUCCCACCGACACUUUGCUCCUUCCCUGCUCGCUGCCGUAUAUCUGCUAGCUCUAGAUUGGCGCAUUCAUGACAGUCAGCUCGCGACUUGGUAUGCUACUCGCCUGCCAGAUAUCGCUCAUAUUGAGAGUGUGGCCAACGCUUCCCUCCAAAGGGACUUGCAAAGACCCACGCUAAGCACACUGGAGGCUGGUUUACUACUUUUACAGAGGAGUAGAACCGACCCACUAGGAAGACCACAUUCGUCCAUCUGGAGACUUCACGCCCAACUUGUAGCCAUAUCCUACGAUCUAGGGCUCCAUGUCAACUGCGAAUCAUGGCCAAUUCCAGAGUGGGAAGCUGGUCUUCGCCGGCGGCUGAGUUGGGCACUUUAUGUACAGGAUCGUUGGUCAGCUUUUUUACAUGGCCGACCCAUCCUGCUCUCUCAAGAUGAUUGGGACCUUAGCCCUUGCUCUUCCUCGGAUUUUCCAGAGUAUAGCAAGCUCGAAGGCUUAGGUAUGGGUGCUGUGGCUCCCCCAACAGGCUGGAGAUCAUUUCUUCGCCAUAUUGAACUAUCCCAAAUUCUUGACCAGGUCUAUCGAACAUACUAUGUGAGGAUUGUCCACCGGCGGGGCGGCACAUUGGAUGAAAUUGGCGCCAGUGCGGCCGUUGAUCUCGCGCAACCAAUUCUGAUAAGACUUUCGGAAUGGAAGACGGACUUGACCGAGGACCUGGCAUUUUCCAAAUCCAAUCAACGUUCCGUUUGUGCGAGCGCGUCUCUUCAUGUGGCUUACCAUGCUGUCAUCAUUGCGCUCUAUCGGGCUCUUAUCCGUGUUCUAACACCAGAAGCACCGCGGUCUCUUCAUACAGUUGUCCGGGGUGCUGCUAGGCAAAAACUGGAAGCCGCAGUUCAACUCUUGAACUCCAUGUCACCAGAACACACUGCGGCUUUCUGGGGUGGCGUAGCUCCUUACCAAAUUGCCAUGAUAGGAGGCUUUGCGGGCUUGUUGUGGGCAACUGCCGAGGAUAGUGAUGAGAUGGAGUGGUGCGUGAGGCAGUGGAACGAUUUGAAGUGGGCCUUGACAAUACGUGGAACAGCUGUGCCGUUCGCACGGGAAGCGCUACAACUGUUAGAAUACGAGACAGGUGGCAUUUUGGAAGCAUGGUCAGCUAACAAAGCUAAUAAUGCAUCGGCAAACGCUUGUCGACAAUAA